UCAGCAAUUUGAUGCACUCUUUUAAUAGGCGUGAAAGGUUUCCUUUGGGACAAGGAAAUGGCAGCAUGGCAUUUCCUCAAACAGUUAACAUGCAUAGUCGGUGCUCAUUCUCCCACCCUUUCCCGCCGCCUCAUACACUACUCAUCCGUCGUUCCCUUUCUCUCCAUCCAUCACAAAAAUGUUAGGUACCAAUGGCUUCCCCAUUUCCGUGUCAAUUUUCGUUCCGCAGUUACGAAUGCGAAGUUUUCCGCAGCUUCUUCUUCCCCAACUAUAUGGGACACGUCGUUGACUCCACCGGCUCCUUAUACUUCCGUUCUGAUUCACUGCCCCAAAGACAGUGCAGAUAUGCUUUCUGAAGCCCUCUUAAGCUUUGGUGCAAGUUCGGUUAGCAUGGAUCAAGAUGAUGUAUCUCAAAGUACGGAUGAGAUUUGCAUUAGUUCAAUAUUUCCUGAAGUUGAGGAUAUAAAUAUCAGCAUUUUACAUGCAGCUGAUUCUAUUGGCUUGAAGGAGAUACCUAGAUAUGAAGUUAAAAUUUAUGAGGAGGAUGACUGGAUGAAGAGAUCUCAGGAAUCACUUCAUCCAGUUCAAAUUACUGAAUGGCUAUGGGUGGUGCCUCAGUGGUGUACUCCACCAGAUAUUCAAGCAACAAAUAUAAUUGUCAACCCUGGACUAGCCUUUGGAACAGGGGAACACGCCACUACCAAACUCUGUCUAUUACUCUUACACGGUUGUAUUAAAGGAGGGGAGCACAUUCUGGACUAUGGUACGGGAACUGGAAUUCUUGCUAUUGCAGCUCUUAAGUUUGGAGCUGCCUUCGCUGUUGGAGUUGAUGUAGAUUCAGAAGCAAUUGCAUCAGCGUCUCAAAACGCUUCUCUGAACAACAUCAGACCAGACAAAAUGCAACUGCACCUGAUUACUAACAAAACCUCUUCAUCUUGCAAAGAUGACUCGACAUUUGGAGUUAUGGAGAGGGAAAAUACUUACGAGAUACAAACUUACUGUGCUAAGUUUGAUGUGGUUAUUGCAAAUAUACUCUUAAAUCCUUUAAUGGAUCUUGCCGAUCAAAUUACCUCUUAUGCGAAGCCUGGAGCCGUUGUUGGUCUCUCGGGUGUCUUAUCUGAGCAGGUUCAGUACAUCAUAGAAAGAUAUUCGCCAUUCUUAGAAGACAUAAAAGUGUCCAAAAUGGAUGACUGGGCCUGCGUAAGUGGUAGGAAAAGAAUAUAUAUGAAUGUGAGAUGACUCAUUAAGUGAACAAUUAGGAGGUUUAGUAGUUCCCAGGCAAUCCCUUGUGCAGCUUAAUGUCACUGUGUAAAAGUUAUCAUUGUCAUAUUUGGUUGUUGUAAUUCACUUGCCAAGCAGAAAAUUAUAGUGAAGAGGCACUCCAAAGCAUUAUUCCCUGCCCUAA